UCACGGACAGCUUCCUUCCUUCUUUUCUUCCUACACAAACACCAGCAAAAUGGGGACUAGAAAGAAGGAGGCAAACCUGCGGGUUCGCAAGGGCACAAGUUCCGAUGGCAUGGCCAAUGUCCGCACCAAGGGCGAGAACUUUUACAGGACGGCCAAAAGAGUGAAGCAACUCAACGUCCUUAAAGAGGGCAAGGCUCAGCGCAACGCAGAUGGUGUCAUCACCAAGGCUGCUUCUUAUCAGAGCAAGGAUGUGCCGACGGCCGUCAUCGAGCCCAACCGAAAAUGGUUCACAAACACCAGAGUUAUCAGCCAGGACACCCUCGCGUCUUUCAGGGAAGCUGUGGCUGAGACGGAGAAGGACCCUUACAAAGUCCUGUUGAAGAGCAACAAGCUUCCCAUGUCGCUCAUCAGGGACGGCUCAGAAGUCAAUGGCCUGAAGAAACAUCAAGCAAAGAUGACUCUUGAGACGACGCCAUUUUCCACAACGUUUGGUCCCAAGGCGCAGCGCAAGAGAGUCAAACUCUCCGUCAACUCCAUCAACGACCUAGCAGAGGAUACCGACAAGAGCUUAGACACCUACAAAGAGAGGCAAGAUCAGAUCAGACUCCUCAGUGGCGCAUCCGGCACACCUGGGGAUGAGGAGGACGAGGCUUCAGUUUCGAUCGCCAAGGAAGCCGUCUUCACCAAGGGGCAGUCCAAGCGUAUCUGGAACGAGUUGUAUCGUACAAUCGACAGCUCGGACGUUAUAAUACACGUCCUCGACGCCAGGGAUCCCCUCGGGACGAGGUGUCGAGCAGUUGAGGAGUACCUGAGGAAGGAGAAGCCACAUGUCAAGCUCAUUAUGGUGUUAAACAAAGUGGAUCUCCUUCCAACAUCAGUUGUUGCUUCCUGGAUCCGAGUCCUCUCCAAAGAAUACCCUACGGCAGCAUUCAGGAGUUCCAUCACAAAUCCGUUUGGCAAAGGCUCACUGCUUGGACUUCUCAGGCAGUUUUCGGGCUUGUUAUCAAACAGGAAACAAGUUUCCGUCGGCAUUAUAGGGUAUCCCAACACGGGCAAGAGCAGUCUCAUCAACGCAUUGCGCGGCAAGAAGGUGGCCACCGUAGCGCCGAUCCCUGGAGAGACGAAAGUGUGGCAGUACAUCACCCUCACGAAGAGGAUGUACCUCAUCGAUUGUCCUGGAAUCGUGCCCCCUAGCAACGAUGCCUCGCCACAGGAUCUUCUGCUUCGUGGCGCGGUAAGGACCGAAAAGGUCGAGAACCCUGAGCAAUACAUACCUGCGGUGCUCGCCAAGACGAAGUUGCGACACAUGGAGCGCACAUAUGACCUUUCCGGCUGGAAGGAUCACAUCCACUUCCUUGAGCUUUUGGCUCGCAAAGGAGGUAGACUGCUCAAAGCGGGCGAACCUGACGUGGACGGUGUUGCACGCAUGGUGUUGAAUGACUUUUUGAGGGGAAAGAUACCGUGGUUUACACCGCCACCUGCACUGGAGGGCGAUGCUGAGGGUAUUGAUGGCCGGGAGGGCCGACUCGGCGAGAUGCCUUUGAAACGAAAGCGCGAUGAUGCCGAAAGUGUUGCCGACACGUCUAUGGGUGCCCCAAGCCCAACAUCGGAUGACUCGGAAGACGAUGAAGUGUCGGGCGAUGAUGAGUUUGAAGGAUUUGGAUCUGACAGCGAGCCAGAUGCGACACCUUCAGAACCGGAGAAGGCUUCUGCCCCCGAACAGUACAUACAACUAGACGCUUCUAGCGAGGACGACAGUGAUGAUGAUGCCGCUGAAGCCGGCGGUGUAGCCAUCACUGGUGCUGGAGACGGUGACGAUGAUGCAGGCCGACCAAAAUCCCUUUCUAGCCGCAAUUCGAAGCCAAGUCGGAAGCAGAGAAAGGUGAGGUAAGCUGUCAAGGCGGAUUUCAAAGCCAAGUAUCCAACUCCACAGGAGCAAGUCCAUUGAAAUUCACAUCCGGUCCGAGACGGGAAUGAAAAGACGAUGUUUGAGCCAGUGCCUGUGGGACUGCACAAGCUUACAAAAGCUCGUAGCGUAUCCACGGCCAACUUUGAUGUGCCAGUCUUGCGAGGGCACACGGUAGCCUUCAAACCCGACGGAGACCCAUAUCCUGGGUCAGCUAUCGUCACCCAUUACUGCGGAUCACUGCAUGUGACUGUUUCUUUCUUGAAGAAGUGGACCGAGCCUCAUCGGGCUUAAAAUUAUUCCAAACUUUGGAAGUCUAUCGAAUAGCAUGAGCAUGAGCAUGGUCAUGAAAUCAAAUACGAGAUACCCAUCAGGAAGCACUUUUCUUCCUGAAAUCACUACAUACCCUCGCCGCCAAUGAUCUCAUCACCCAUAUCCCUCGGCAAGGCAGGAUUCCCGCAUUAGGUUCUACAUCUUGAUAUGCGCUCAAGGUUGCAGAGAGGGAACUUCAAGCCAGUUCCUGUUUUCAUUCAAGUGUCCAAGUUGAGAGCUCAAUUCUAGGGGACCGCGAAACUGGCAUCAUUGAACUAUUAAUAUUAAGCCACGUACAUAUACUAAACAAUGGUAUUCAAUGACAUCGCUGACUCUCAGUGCCAAAGUGUGAAUAUGGUCAGGUUACUUCCGAUAAUGAGUAUCCCACCGCCUCGAAUGACUGUUCAACCCUUUUCAGCUUUGGUCUUUCUUUUCCUCUGAUUUCUCCAGCUCUUCGGCCUGUUCGGCCGCUUUGAGGACGGCCUGGUGACCAGCCUCGUCCUCCUCAGAGAAUCCCUCCUCGCCUUCCUCGCCCUCUUUUACCUCCCCUUCAGCGCCAGCCUUGUCCUUGUCGCUGCUGCCCAUGCCAGGCAGCUUGACAAAGGGGCCCUUGAUGGCACCGGCCGCGGUGCCGCCGAGGGCUCCAAGAGCGCUGGUGGGUAUGGAGACGAUACCACCCACGAGGGUACCGACGACGGUGCCUAGACCUCCUCCGAGGGCGGCACCCAUGCCUCCGCCGGCCAUGGCGCCCUGACCCCAGCCGCUGGCCAGGAAGCGCGCCUUUUUGCUGUGACCGUGGGCCUCGACCUCCUUGGCGUGCGCCUCGCGCAGGUACUUUUCUCGCUCAGCCGGGUCCAGCGCCUUUGUGGCCAGGUCCUUGAAGGUGUCUGCGGCCUGCUGGGCGAUCCGGGCCUUCUUGGCAAUCUCGACGACCUCCUUGACCUCCUCCUCGGGUACGUCCUUGCCUUGAGCCUCGGACUUUACCUGGUCUUCUGUGGCGGUCGACAUUGUUUUGGUCUUUUGUUUGCGUUGUUGGUUGGUGUUUUAAUAUAAAUGAAUGUUUUAUUUCUUAUUUUUUUAUUCAACUUUAUUGCCGUCCUGCUGGUUACAGAUUAGGGUUGAUUGAUGGUUAUGUUUGGGGACAGGAUAUGAAUACCCUAAAAGUGAUGUGUGUAUACUCUCCAGACAUGAUCAAUAUUGGUUUUGUAUGCGGCCAGGCCGUCGCCUGAAUUAUGGGAUUGACGGGGGUGGCGGAGAUCGUCAUGACGUCUGAGUUCCCAUGUUUGAUGAGAAAAACCUGGUUUGGGGGGUUUUUGGGCUGUUGGUGCUUUCGUUUCUUUUGCUGUAAAAAGCGCGCACACAUAAAGGCAUGGUACCCAUUCUAUGUAUCAACCCACCAGUAUGCACACACACACACACACACACACACACACACAAAGAGAGAGAGAGAGAGAGGCGUGUGGAAUCAAAUCAUUGCGACGUCAUCUUCC